GUGCGAGACGGAGACGGAUAGAUCGGCGACCGCGAGAGGAAGGAAGAGGAUCGAAGCGGAGGUACGACGGGCGAAGCUAGUACGAGAGAGACGGAGCAGCCGCGCGCAUCCAUCGGCUAUCACUAGCGACGUCAUGGAUAGCCUGGUCGACGGUUACGCACGUUUUUGGCAGCGUUGUUCGUGCCCUUAGCCGUGGCAAUGGUGUUCUUUCUCGGUGUUGCGGAGCCGGCUCGUGCGGUGAUUUAAUUUCGCGCAGUGCUGCCGUGACGGUCGAUCGAAGCGCACCUGGGAACGCCGCACUUCCGAUGCAACGAUGCCUCCUCGUCCUCGCCGCUGCUACCUCGACAGAGUCGUUCUCGGCCCACGACGUAUGCAGAACGCUCGCGACGCGUUCGCCUCUGGCUGCCACCAGAUUUGAGAGCGAACCUGAUUAUCGAUCCGGCCACCGGGCCGUCGACGGACCGACCUGUGUGUAACAAUACCUGGAGCCCGCUAUAGGAUCUCCAUCCUCGAGCCAGUACCAGCGCUGUGAUUGGACGGAGGAUUUAUCAUAGAUUGCACCCUCGCGCGAGACAAUUCCACGAGUGUUGUCCGACGACUGGAUCAUCGGUAGGUCCAUUUUCUUGGCGAACCACCCUCUGGAUCCCUCCGACGAUCGAAGAUCCUCCUCGCUGCUCGAGACGAGAGAGGGCUGCCUCUGCCUCUACAGGAUAUCGUAGACCGCGAAGGACCCUGCUGCGCGAUACAGAAGCACGACAGUGACAAGAAAGUCGACGUCCAGGGUGCGCUAUCCUCUUCCUUGAAGCUGGCCGCGAAACGGCUGCCUCGCAUCGCGACGAGAUCGAGUGGGUCCUCCGGCUCGCGGGCGACGAUGUGUAAAUAAAUUCUCCAGGAGGCCCCCCAGGCCAGUGCUUCGUCCACGGCUCGGUUCUAUUGCAGCUGCGUACGAACAGGAUUUCGCCCGUCGAUACCCGGCCGAUAUACUAGGGGCGAGCUCCGAGGCGCAGCGUAGAACCAGCGACGCGGUGUCUGCCAGGGGUUCGUUGACUCGGCCGUAAAAUCGUCCGAGCCUGUCACCGGAAAGGGUCGCCGGGUGACGGAUAUAGACCGUCGCGACGACACUCGGGAAAAUCGACCAGGCUCCACGAGCACUUCGACAGCCCAAACCAGACCUCCAGCCUGUCUGUGUGAACGCAUACCAUCGAAGCUCUUGUCCCUAUUUGGAGACCGACUGUCCGGCGUGGCUCCGAUAAGAACUGGGUAAAUAGAAACGAAGAUAGAGAGAGAGAGAGAGAGAGAGAGGAAGGAAGAGGGUAAUAUCAAUAACCUCAAAACGAUCGUCUUCCACGUGCGUGAUAAGGGAACGACGGAACGCGCGAGGUGCACGAAACUGCUAUGUAAUUAGACGCGGCCAGCACUCGAGACACGGACCGUGCCCUCGAUAAAUCCAGGAACAAUCGAGCCAGCUCCGCUCCCGUACAAGCCGCAGGAAGCGAGGGUGUAACGAACCGGCGACGAGGGUGAGAUCCCCCAGCGACGCGAACAGCAGGAGCCUAGGAGCCUGCAGCUUCCUCGUAGCUGGAGGUCCCUUCUGAUGGUAGAGCGAGUGACUCAGAACCGGUGGACGAGCGCGGGCGUCGAGCGCAGUCCCCGCCAACAGCAUCUCCGGUGUCCACGUGCUACGUCGUCAUGGCUCCACGUGCUGCUGCAGGCUCCGCGAUGAUGGUGCUGGUCGCUCUGCUCCUAUUCGCCGCCUGCUGGCCGCAGCAUGGCCUGGCAGUCUCCACCAAGUUCUUCGAAUCCGUUCCGGAGAAACGCGUGCCGGCCAGCGACUACGCUGUCCACGGGCCGAUCGUCGACGACCAGGAGUUUCCCAGGGACUUGAGAGAACCGUAUCCCGGAAAGAGUUUCGGACCCAUGGGGCCGAUCGACGGCUCCCUGCCGGACGACGUGUCCUUCAGGAGCCUCUCGGCUGGAAACGACGAGGGCGGUCCGGUCGAAUCGCAUUUGUCCUCGCAGGUGGGCAUGAUCGGCGCCAGGGACUUCAGCCGUCCCAAGCCCGAGUACCACAUCAUCGCCGUGGAGUUCCACAGGGUCGAGACCCCGUUCGUGAUCGGCAUAUGGAUCUUCUUCGCUAGCAUCGCGAAAAUAGGCUUCCACAUGACGCCGAAGCUCAACAAGAUCUUUCCGGAGUCCUGUUUGCUGAUCGUUGUCGGCGUCGUCGUUGGUGUCUUACUGUUCCAGGCGAGUAGUGUCCACGUGUCGCCGCUCACGCCCGACACGUUCUUCCUCUACAUGUUGCCGCCCAUUAUCCUGGACGCCGGUUAUUUCAUGCCGAACCGACUGUUCUUCGACCACCUGGGGACGAUACUUCUCUUCGCCGUCGUCGGGACUAUAUUUAACACGCUGUCGAUAGGCGCAUCGCUAUGGCUGUUAGGCAUAAGCGGCCUUUACGGCUGCGAAACACCGCUCCUGGACAUGUUCCUCUUCUCCGCGUUGAUUAGUGCCGUGGAUCCUGUUGCCGUGUUAGCAGUUUUCGAAGAGAUCCACGUGAACGAGAUCCUCUACAUCGUGGUUUUCGGAGAGAGUCUCUUAAACGACGCCGUCACCGUCGUGCUAUACCACAUGUUCGAGGCGUACAGCGAGAUGGGACCUGCGAGAAUCCUUUACACAGACUUACUGUCGGGGCUGGCGUCGUUCUUCGUCGUGGCUAUUGGUGGUACCAUAAUAGGCGUGAUAUGGGGCUUCGCGACAGGCUUCGUUACCAGGUUCACCCAUCAGGUCCGUGUAAUCGAACCCAUCUUCAUAUUCGUUAUGGCGUAUCUGGCCUACCUGAACGCCGAGAUUUUCCACAUGUCGAGCAUCCUGGCGAUCACCUUCUGCGGCAUAACCAUGAAGAACUACGUGGAGGCCAAUAUAUCGCACAAGUCGCACACCACCGUCAAAUAUACGAUGAAAAUGCUGUCGAGCGGAUCCGAGACCAUUAUAUUCAUGUUCCUCGGGGUAGCCACCGUGAACAACGACCACAACUGGAACACAUGGUUUGUCCUCACGACCAUCGUCUUCUGCUCGGUCUAUCGGAUCCUCGGCGUGAUCGUGCUGUCAGCCGUGGCGAAUCAGUUCCGUUUGCACAAACUGGACAAGGUGGAGAAGUUCGUGAUGUCUUACGGCGGAUUACGGGGCGCCGUCGCAUUCGCUCUGGUCCUUCUGAUCGACCCGAAACACGUGCCCCUGCAGCCGAUGUUCGUCACCACCACCAUCGCCGUCAUCUACUUCACCGUGUUCAUUCAGGGUAUCACGAUCAAGCCGCUGGUGAAGAUCCUGAACGUGAAGAGGGCCGAGAGGAAGAAGCCGACGAUGAACGAGAGGAUCCACGAGAGGAUAAUGGAUCACGCUAUGGCCGCGAUCGAGGACAUUUUGGGGAAGCACGGGAACUACCACCUCCGAGACAAGUUCAAACGGUUUGAUAACAAGUUCAUUCGACCUUAUUUGGUGCGGGAUCAUUACGGCGCGGAGCCGAAAAUAUUGGAAACGUACUCGAAGCUCGCGAUGAAAGACGCGCUGGAUUACAUUAGGAGGAACGCGUCCACGAUCGGUAAUAUCAGCGGAACGGAGAGCAUGUCCGCGAUAUUCCGGAACUAUAGCAACACGGGACACUUCAAUGGAAGUCCGAGUUGCAGCCAGCUUGAAGCGGGCUGGAAUAUUGAUCCUCAAGAGGUGGAGUACUACCCUUCCAAGAAGGACCUGACCGACGCCAGGAUCCACCAUCUAUUGGCCGAAGAACUUUGCAAGCCUUACAAGAGGAACCGCUAUAUAAAAAUAAAGAAAAAGGGGGAUGGAAACAAGUUCCUGAGUGAUGAAAUAAAAUUCUCCCAGCAUCGACGGCUGAGCUACAGCCGACACGCGGUGAACGAUCGCGAUCUAUCGACCCAAGUCAAUUACAAAAUGCACAUGAACAUACGACGGAUGAUGGGUGAGCACAAGCAUCGUCACAAGCGCAGUAAGAAGUUGCUCAAAGACGGCAAGCAGAAUCACGUUAGUUUCCCGGAGUUCCAACAGAACGGCUCGACGAAGUUGUUCACCCAGGAUUACAUAAACGGCGUGCUGUACGAGCUGGAGAACGGGGACACCUCGAAGCCGUCCAGCAAGGAGGACUGGGACUCCGCGAUAACUUUCACGGCUCGCACUUCCGACUCGUCCAACGUGAACGCGGAGGCCCAUCACGGCGCAACCACGACUACUUCUAUGGACACCAUUAACACGGACGACCCGGACAUGAAGCUCGGAUGCGAUGAAAGCUACAGGGUGACGACGCCCACCGCUACCGAGAGCGUGCUACCGUGGAAGAGAGAGGAUGAUUAUGACUCCGGACACCCCGUUAAACAGAACGAGUUCCCUGCUUGGUGUUCCAACAAAGAGUAUCUAGCGUAUAGUUCCCCCUCAGCUACCUUCUUAGGUGGGAUCGAGCAGCCGAAGGUACAGUCAGUGAUUGGCCUGUUCCGUCGCGACAGCGUUUGCACCCCUAGCAGUAUAGAUCAGGACAUUUUGAACAAGCGGGAGGAUUUUCUGUUGACGGAGCAGACGGACUCACCCUCGAGGGCUUCGAAUUUUGGUCAUUCCAGACAGCAGGAAGGGUCCGACCAGGAGGGUGUCCAUGAUGGAGCUGGGAACGAUGGAGACGUCGCAGUCGGACAAGGUGACGGACGACGGUUCCCAUUCCCUGCCGGAGUGCUGGAACCCGCCGCACAAGUACCGGAUGAGCUCGUUCCCCUACUCGGCACAGGUACCGAGCCUCUCGACCGCCCUGAUCAUGGACUCGUCCGAAUCGUCGGAAGACAUCGACGAGGACGAAGAGAAAGCUUGACCCUUGGGGAUCGUCGAGGAGCAGACGUCGUCCUACCCGGAGGACGAGCGCCGGCUGCGUCGUCCAUGGAGGCGGCCCCCUCGACGCUCGUUACUCUCGUCUCUCCUGCGACGACCCAGCGCGCCCGUCUGAGAGAUUUACGCUCGCGUAAUUAGCUCGCGACUCCAGCGAUUUUCUCCUAAACAGUUGCUGAACAGCCCGAGUCGGUCGGCGCUCCCUUUCGAGGACGACCGUUCUAGCACGCGUCGAGAGGACAAGCCAGCCGUCAACAUGGCGCACCGGCAGCCUCUCCUAAUGCAGGACCACGACGACGGAAAGUAUCUUCGUUGACUACCGAUGCUUUCGUUCGCACGCAGAAAAACGGGCCCCAGCCGGGGCGUGUAGCUAGUUUUCCAUUUUGAGAGAUGAAUAUUUUUGUUCCGGGACGAGGGGGCCAUCGGCGCAGACGCGGGAGAGGCAUACGCACGGUGAUCCCAGCACGAAGUGGCUGGAUGUUGCUCGAAGUUGGUCCUAUUUUCCGUCGAACGGAACCCGACCUAGAUUAUUCGACCCGUCGUAUUGUUUGAAAAGAGUAGUAGAGAUUAGUGGCCGGUAUAUUUUGUGAAACUUUGUGAACACACGAAGAGGAAGGUCCCCGCCCCCCCAAUGGUUCAUCAGAGACGAAGCUAGGCGGCUGCGGACAGAUUAGCUUGUUCGAAGGCAGCUUCCGGUGGCGAAGCUCUCGCUGCUUUUCCCGCGUCUACGCUACCCCAACCCCGUUAAUUUUAUAGGGCACUGUGAAGGGUAGGCGUCGUUCGAGGGAAGCGAUCGGGCUUGGGAAACACCGACCGGUGUUACACGCUGCGAUCCUUUUGAUACUUGGACCACCGCGCAGGAAUCUUUUCGAUCGUUCGGAAAGCACUACGUGGGAGGACGCGAGAAAGAGAGAGAGAUAGAGAAAGAGAGUGAGAGAGAGAGAGCAAGAGAGAGAGAGAGAGAGGAAGAAAGAAAAAGAGGCAGAGAGAAAGCUAUUUUUUUAACCGAUACCAUUUCCUCCACGCGCGACCGAUGGUCGGACACGAUUGACCGGGGGAACGGCUGGUUUUCCGUGGUUCAUUUCCAAUGCACAUUCUCUGCACGAGCGCGGAACACGCGCGCGAUUCAGCUUCUCCGCGUGCUGACAUGAUCGAUCCGCCGGGGGAGCGCGUGCACCAUUUCCUAGGUCCGAAUUUUCUCAUCGGGUGUCGGGCUAAGACACCGCGUGCACUCCCGCGCGACUCUCGCGAUGAUCGCCGACGAGACUUGGUAUCGUGGCCUUAAGAUUCAUAGAAGUAUCCUAGCGGCGACCGGCCCACUUCCGGUCCGAGUGAGAGACGAGCAAGGCGGUUUUUAAUGGCGCGAGACGCGAGGUCACGAUUCCGUGUUGCCUCCGCGACACGCUCUCAGCUACGAUCGAGCAUUGCGAGGCAGCUUCGCCAGGCUGCUUUGCGAUCAUCGUCAAAGAUCCUAGUCUAGUAAGUUACGGCGGAUGCUCUAGAUCCUAAUACCAUUACUGCUUCGUAUUGACCGUCGGCUCAUUCUGCCUGACGCGUGUUUAAAGACGCUCGAAGCAGCACGAUCGAAGUAGCGGAGACUGCCUGGCAGUAAUCGAUGCCUCAAAUACAGUCCGAAGUUCUUGCCAAACAGACGCUAAAGACGCUCCAAACAGCACGAUCGGGAGUAGUUGUGAUUGCCCGGAGCUAGGCUGUCUCGCAAUGUUCCGAUUUAGCUAUAGAUUCGCUGAUAAACUCUGUGACGAGCUGUAGUCUCUUCUUCUUCGUUUUCCCCCGAGAGACAACAAGAGACACCGUCACGCCGAAGAUCAACCAGCGAUUUGCUUCGCAGUUCGUAGAUGCGAGCCUAGAAUUAGACGCGCCAUCGAGGCGCAACGUUGCAGACUCGGCGAGGAGAAUUGAACGCUCCUGUUGCGGGUACAGCGAUCUCGUCGAAUUUUCAUUGCGGAGAUUGCUUUCCGACUGGCUUAUCAGUUGAUUAGAGAUAAAAGAAUAUCGUUAGAUGCUGUUCACACCGUGACAAAUGUGAACGAAAUGUGAGUUAAGCCAAUGAAAUGGAUCUCUAGGCAUCCGUUUACUAUACUUUCUUUAAGAAUUUUGCGUGUUCUUCGUUAACGUGUCGUACAGAUGCUUUGAAGCUUCGUUAAUUGGACACGGUUAAAUUAUAUAAUUUAAUGAUCGAUCAGGCUUUACAUGUUGAUUGCGUAUGCAACGGUAAAGUUAAUAUAUAGACUUCAGAGUGCGAUUAAACAAAGGAUAAAGUUCUACUGGAACAGCAUUUGUCUCGUCUGUGGUCUUUCUUUCUUUUUAACGAACUUAUUAGCAUAUUUAAAAUUAUCGUAAGAUAUUUUGUUUUAACAUGUGCAAUGUAUGCGCGAUUUGAUCGUUUAAUAUCAGCAUCAUUUCUGCGAAAUGUAACUGCAAGAUCGGUUUAAAUUCUCGCGUGCAACGAGAUUGCACUCUCGACUGCAGGAAUUUCAAUAUCUCCUUUCCGGUGACAUAUCUUCUCAGUCGUUGAGUUCCUACGGAGACUUUUGCCGUAUAUUGUAUUUAAAAAGCUAAAAUAUCAUGUUCAAUAUAUUAAAAAAAGUAUUAUAAUGUCUCGAUUACGAUCAUCAAUGAAUUGCCCUCGUCCGGAAUACUUGCGCGAGAGAAAAUUUGUUGGAUCGCAUUAUUCGGAAACGUUGCGGAAUUAGGUAAGGCAAGAGUCUCUGCAGGCAACUCAAUUUUCCAAUGCAACAGGCGUGCUCGUCAACGGUCACGUUCCGAAUGACGAUCCUCGCAUGACCGUUCGCUGGAUCAUCCACGAGAACAAUCUCUGAAAAGAACGUAAUAGCGAAGCGGUAUGCUUCGUACAGAAACUCGAGGAUCGACAGAAUGGGUAUAUCUUAAUAUCGUUUAUAUAGGAUUUAUCCUUGUGCGUGGAACUCCGUUUAGAAUGAGACAAUUAGAGGUUGCGAGAAGAGUUUGUGUAAAACGUGAUUACUCUUAAAAGUAUCUCGCUAGGCAAUUAUAUCAGCUCUAUUUUUCUGUGAAAUCUUGAAUUCGUCUCGUGCAUUAACGAAACAUCGUUCUAAUGAAUAUUCUGAUUGAAUAUUCUACGACGACACUUCUCAAAAACAAAUUCUACCGAAAUAUUUCGAAUCUGCGAAUACGGCAUCAUUUACACAAACUUUUAGCAUCGAUUUUCCAUAUGUAAUUCCAUAUCGCAAGAACAAGUCCUGUAUAAUAGAACGACAUCCUACCGAGGAUCGUCGUAGUCCUUCACGGCGACAGACACAUGUGAGUUGUCCAAACGCUCCUCUCCUUAAAUAUGGCCUUAAAACUAAAAUAAUGGUAAUGAUGAUGAUGACGACGACGACGGCGACGACGAUGACGACGACUACGGGGACGAGGACUACGAGAUAACGUAAAUAAAUGGAUAAAAGUCUCAAGUAGCACAAGAGAAGAAAAUAAACAAAAAAGAAAAAAAGAAACCAGUCGCGCGGAGAAAAAAAAAGUCGUAGGCUCAGUACCUAAAGCGACCAUUUAACACCGUAUGUAAAUAAAGGAACUUUUCAUAGCGGAUAACGUAGCAAGUUAUUACGAUGACGUAUUAUUACCAUCAUUUAUUGGACACGGGAUUCGAAGGGGCAUCGGCGUGUCGAGGUAUGCGACUAAAAACGAGAGUGGGUGUAAAGGGAAAUCAGACUUCCAAUUUUCAUGAGAAUUGAGGCCCCCGGGACUGUUGACUAAUUUAAGACGAUUUCGUGUUGGCGAUCGCCACGACUACGUACUUUAUGGAAUUGAAUCGAAAGCACACCGUUGAGAUUUCAUUUUCUUUUUCUUUCUUCUUAAACGUAAUCGUUGGAUAGUAAAUAUGAAAUAGUGUGAUAUCGGUUUUAGGAUUCUCCUAGGAUUCUCUCGAUCAGAGAGUAUUCCUUUCGCGCGCAGUUCCCUGGAAAUCACGCGCUUUUAACCAAAAUAUAAGAAAAGUCAAUUCUCGUGAAAAUCUCGGAACGAGAUCAAAAUCUCCUUUCGCGGGAUAUUCCUGGUGGCCUCUAGUUAUCUAGGUCGGACGUGAUGUCGGACUAGUUUCUAGACGCUAGACUUUACGCUGUUGAUUUGUUAAAAUAAAUGUUUAUUUCGUAAAA